AUGAACCUGCCGGGAGCUGAGCGCCUUCGCCCCACGCCGCCGCGCAGCCUCCGGGGCUCCGAAGGGGAAGACGGUGAAAUCGAUAUUCUGGGAGAGGAAGAAGAUGAAGAUGACGACGAGGAGGAAGAGGACCACGUGGAGAUCAAAGUGAGCCCACAGUUCUUAGAGCAGCUGCACCAGCAGGAGCCGCCGGGGGCGCGGCAGGGCGCGAAGCCGGGAGAGCGCACCGAGAGCAGCGGUUGCCCAAGCGACUCCCCGGAGUUUGGCACCAAGUUCAGGGCCUCGACCGGGUCUGCGACGGCCUCUGGAGACGCCCCUCAGCCCGCGAAGCCCCCCUACUCCUACAUCGCGCUCAUCACCAUGGCCAUCCUGCAGAGCCCACACAAGCGCCUCACGCUGAGCGGCAUCUGCGCCUUCAUCAGCGGCCGCUUCCCCUAUUACCGCCGCAAGUUCCCGGCCUGGCAGAACAGCAUCCGCCACAACCUCUCGCUCAACGACUGCUUCGUCAAGAUCCCCCGGGAGCCCGGCCACCCGGGCAAGGGCAACUACUGGAGCCUGGACCCCGCCUCCCAGGACAUGUUCGACAACGGCAGCUUCCUUCGGCGCAGGAAGCGCUUCAAGCGCCACCACCAGCCCCCGGGAGCCCACCUGCAUCACCCCUUCCCCCUCCCCGUAGUGCCCGCCACCCUGCACGGUCCCUACCCGGGCCUGCUGCCUGGGUCCCCGGCCCCGCCGCAGCCCGUCCCCGGGGCCUGCCCUGCCGCCGCCCCCCGGAGCCGCCCGUGCGCUCUGCUGCACCCUCAUCCCCUUCGCUACCUGCUGCUGUCCGCCCCUGUCUACUCUGAGGCGCCAAGGAAAGUGCAAGGCGGGGACCUGGUGACCCCCGGCGCCGCCCUUGCAGCACUGCAGCCCCCACUGGGCUUCCAGCCUUGGGAGGGGGGCAAGGGGCUGGCAUCGAGACAGGUCGGCGGAUGCCCCUCCUUCAGCAUCGAAAGUAUCAUGCAAGGGGGCCGAGGAGGGGGUACAGCGACCGCGCAGAAUCUGUCCUGGACCCCGUGGGGCUACUGUCACCUGCUGCAGCGCCCGCCCUGCCUGUUGCACACCCAGGCUGCCACCCCUGGUUCCCCGUGUCCGCUGCCGCCUCAUCCACUGCCCGGAGAAUGUUGCAGCCGCCGCCGCCGCCGCCGCCGCAGCAGCAGCAGCACCAGGACUGUGCCAGCAAAGGCGCGCUGCUGGGCCGGCACCUGUCUGCCGCCGUGGCGCUGCUGGGGCGUCCGCCGGGAGCGGAGGGCUCCAGGCAGAUGUCCUGCGGAGAGGGGACCUCGCCCGCAUUUUGAGUAG